ACUUGGGCGGAAAGUCAUCUCGCAGUCUCGCUCUACCAUUAAAAAAUUGAUCUCUCCGCGACAACUAUUUUUUUUGGAGGGCUCUUUGUUGGUUUUUUCAUCUUCUCCGUCUCCGACAGCGUUGCAGCGGCCCCAACCGAGGAGGAAUCAACUCCAGAGACUAGAACCUGCCUCGGUUCACUUCUCGUAGUCUUCAAAUAGGUUUUACAUUGCUUCUAUCCUUUUGGUGGUCUGCAGCUCCCACGAUUUUCAGGGUUUUUUUACGCUAGUUUUGCUUCAAUGGAUCUUCAUCUUGAUGCUCCUCAUUCGAUGGGAACAACCAUAAUCGGAGUAACCUACAACGGAGGCGUUGUCCUCGGUGCCGAUUCUAGAACAAGCACUGGAAUGUAUGUUGCUAACCGGGCAUCAGACAAGAUCACACAGCUAACAGAUAACGUUUACUUGUGUCGCUCUGGCUCAGCUGCGGAUUCUCAAAUUGUCUCUGAUUAUGUUCGUUACUUUCUCCAUCAACACAUAAUACAACUUGGACAGCCUGCAACUGUGAAGGUCGCUGCAAAUCUAGUCAGACUUUUGUCAUAUAACAAUAAGAAUAUGCUACAAGCUGGCCUCAUUGUUGGUGGAUGGGACCGGUAUGAAGGAGGUAAAAUUUAUUCUGUGCCUCUUGGUGGGACAAUUUUGGAGCAACCUUUUUCAAUUGGAGGAUCUGGCUCCAGCUACUUGUAUGGAUUCUUUGAUCAAGCAUGGAGGGAAGGAAUGUCCCAAGAUGAAGCAGAGGAAUUAGUGGUGAAGGCAGUCUCACUUGCAAUUGCUCGAGAUGGUGCUAGUGGAGGUGUUGUUCGCACUGUCACUAUAAACUCAGAAGGGGUGUUGAGGAAGUUCCACCCAGGAGAUACCCUUCCCACAUGGCAUGAAGAGUUGGAGCCCCAGAAUUCGUUGCUCGACACGCUGAUGCCAGAGGAUGCACAAUAAGACCAUUGUUUCAUAAGUCAAGAAACGCUAGCAACAGUCAAUAUUUAUGUUAUUUUUUAUGGGAUUAUGCAUGUACACCAUAUUUGAACCAUUUUUGUAACUCACUUCCCUUUC